AUGAAUGUGUCUGAGGGGUCCCCCUACAGAGAGGAGACGCUGUUGAGUAACUCAUCAUGGGGAGAGUACUCUCACAACUACACCCUGGUCCCUCCACUUAUGUCUGACAAGAGUGGGACAUCCAAGCCAGCAGCAUGUGAGCAAAUGCACAUCGCUAUAGAGGUUUUCCUGAUCCUGGGAAUAAUCUCUCUGCUGGAAAACAUCCUGGUGAUCACAGCGAUUGUCAAAAACAAAAACCUGCACUCACCAAUGUACUUCUUUGUUUGCAGCCUGGCUGUGGCAGACAUGCUGGUGAGUGUGUCCAAUGCCUGGGAGAGCAUCAUUAUUUACCUCCUGAACAACAGACAGCUGGUGGUGGAAGACAACUUCAUUCGCCAGAUGGACAACGUCUUUGACUCCAUGAUCUGUAUCUCUGUGGUGGCCUCUAUGUGCAGCCUGCUGGCCAUCGCUGUUGACAGGUACAUCACUAUCUUCUACGCCCUCCGGUACCACAACAUCAUGACCGUACGGCGCGCUGGCUGUAUCAUUGGAGGCAUCUGGACUUUUUGCACAGGCUGUGGCAUUGUUUUUAUCAUCUACUCUGACUCCACCCCGGUCAUCAUCUGCCUGGUGUCCAUGUUCUUCGCCAUGCUCCUUAUCAUGGCGUCCCUCUACAGCCACAUGUUCAUGCUAGCCCGCUCACACGUCAAACGCAUCGCUGCUUUACCCGGUUAUAACUCCAUCCACCAGCGCGCUAGCAUGAAAGGAGCCAUCACGCUAACCAUACUCCUUGGGAUUUUCAUUGUUUGUUGGGCACCAUUUUUCCUCCAUUUGAUUCUGAUGAUUUCUUGUCCGCGGAAUCUGUACUGCGUUUGCUUCAUGUCUCAUUUCAACAUGUACCUCAUUCUGAUUAUGUGCAACUCUGUGAUCGACCCGCUAAUCUACGCCUUCAGGAGCCAGGAGAUGAGGAAGACCUUUAAGGAAAUCAUUUGUUGCUAUAGUUUGAGAAAUGCAUGCAACAACGUGUGCGCGCUAACUGGUAAAUACUGA